AGCCAGCAGCCACCUCCCCUCCAAACUGCCGGCGAUAAAUCUCCAUGCCUCAAAAUCUCUUCCUCCUUCCUCACCAACCCUUGGCUUCUCUCUCCUCCUUAGAUUUCCUUUUCUUGCUCACGCUAGUCAUCGGCCUCCCCAUUCCCGCUACAUGGCUUUUUCUUCUUCAACCUACCGGCAACUAUAUUCCCUUCUCUGAUCACCAUCGUCACCAUGAAAGCCUUUUAUCUCACCAUUCCUUUUCUUUCUCACUUUUUCUGCUCCGUGAAGACUCUUCGUUGUUGCAAAUACGCCAGCCACUUCCUUGAUUUCAGCUUCCAUUUUGUUCUAGAUUUAUGGUCACCUAAAGGAAUCAAGGGCGAGUGAAUCUCAAAACCAACAAAGAUGUGCCCAGGUCUGCAGAUCAAUGAUGAUGGUGAUGUUUUACGCGCGAUGGCGGCAACUAUCGGAGAACAACAACUCAACAGUUUGUACUUGAACUGGCCGGAGAAUUCAUGUGCAAUCAAAAAAGUUAGGUUUGGUUUUGGAUAGAAGAAUAGGGUUUUUCUGAGCAGUAUAAAUAGAUCUUUAGAAGAGGGUUUAAAAAAGGUCUUUUUUUUUUUUUGUUUGAGUUGGGUAUUGAAAACGGCGGCAGAAAGGAGAGGAAUUUUGCUAGAAGGAGCCGGUGAUUUGGGAGAAGAUUUGGGUCUGCCUUUGUAGGUAAUUUUCUGAACAGAGG